UACCCACAAGGGUUUGGAAAUAGAGAAACCUAAAGACUGUAAAGUUAGUGAUACAAAAGAAAGUCAAACUUUUCAGAAAAUGAGGGCCUGAGAGGAUAGAAAAAACGGGGAGAAAAAGAAUAAACAACCUCACCUGAUCACUGCAAGGGAGAUACUGAAUCUACUGUGGCCAAAAAGGAGAGGGGAGCUGACAAACACUGGCAAACGACACCGUUGAGUUUGUAGAGUUGCAGCUUAUACAGAACUACAGCACCGUGAGAAAAACUUUUUGGACUUAACUCUAAACCAACUCAAAACAAGUGAAGAUAAAAAAGAGAAUUUGUCCAGCACUACUCUGAAGCUGAUUGAGAUCUGUCAUUGGGAUUAUGAGGAUCUUCAAUAGGAACAUUCGCCUUCAGGACGUCACCGUUCUGUACUUCACUGCCCUGGCUGCUCUGAUGGUCAUCUUGGUGGCUUCGUACCAGGCACCCACCAAUGCUGUCGACGUGUCCAGCCUUAAAUCAACCCCCUCUAGCCCUCUCCCGCCUCUCCCCAUGCCCUUCCGUGUGCCCCUUGACCCACGGGGGGAGCUCCAGCUGGCCUGGAACAUCAGCUACGCCAACCAGGAGAUUUACAUGGCAUUGAAGGUUGCUCAGAUCAGAUACGGCGUGGUCUUGGGGAUGUCUGACCGCGGGGAGCUCACCAACGCUGACCUGGUGGUGCUGUGGGACUCUGGGACUAAGAGCUACUUUGGGGAUGCUUGGAGCGACAGUGAGGGUCACGUUUCAUUGGACAGCCAGCAGGACUAUAAGUUGAUUGAAGCCAAACAGAAAACUGAUGGAUUCUACCUGCUCUUCAAAAGACCAUUCAGUACCUGUGAUCCCAGAGACUACCUCAUUGAGGACGGGACUGUGCACGUCAUCUAUGGCUUCUUGGAUCAACGACUUGCCUCGCUGGAGCAGCUGAACCUGUCCCGGAUCCACACAGGGAUACAGAGAGUGCUGAUGCUGCGCCCUGACACGCCGUCACCCACCCUUCCGCCAGAUGUGCAGACGCUGGAUGUUGUGGCACCAAAUGUCAUCAUACCAAGUCAAGAGACCACUUACUGGUGCUUCAUCCAGAAGCUGCCUGAAAACAUGCCCAAGAGCCACAUUGUUAUGUAUGAGUCAGUGAUAACUCCAGGUAACGAAGCCAUUGUGCAUCACAUAGAGGUGUUUGAAUGCUCCCCGGAUGUCCGUGACGUUCCAGAGUACAGCGGCUCCUGUGAUGACAAGAUGAAGCCGGGCAAGCUCAACUUCUGCCGCCAUGUGCUAGCUGCAUGGGCUAUGGGUGCUGAGGCUUUUUACUAUCCUCCUGAUGCAGGGCUGCCUAUGGGUGGACCAGGAUCCUCAAGGUUCCUUCGCCUAGAGGUCCAUUACCACAACCCUCUCCUUAUAUCUGGCCGCCAUGACGCAUCAGGGAUACGGUUGCACUACACCCCCAGCCUGAGGCGAUACGAUGCAGGGAUCAUGGAGUUGGGCCUUGUUUAUACUCCUAUCAUGGCUAUCCCACCCAAACAACAAACCUUCUACCUCACCGGGUACUGCACCUCCAAGUGUACCCAGACUGCUUUGCCUUCAGGAGGAAUCUAUAUAUUUGCAUCCCAGCUGCACACCCACCUGGCAGGGCAUGGGGUGAGGACAGUUUUGGUGAGGGGAGGCAAAGAGCUGGAGGUGGUACAGGAGGACCAGCACUUCAGUACACACUACCAGACGAUCCGAGUUCUGAGAAAAAUGGUGAAUGUUUUACCCGGCGACGUCCUCAUAACAAAGUGUACUUAUAACACAGAAGAUAGGAGCAAGCCUACGGUGGGAGGUUUCGGUAUCAUGGAGGAAAUGUGUGUCAACUACAUUCACUACUACCCUCGGACUCAGCUGGAGCUCUGCAAAAGCCACGUUGACCCUGGAUACCUGCAGAAAUACUUUAAUUUCAUUAACAGGUUCCAGGGAAAUGAUCAGUGUGUGUGCGGUGAGGUUAGUGUGACGGAGCAGUAUUCUCAGUUACAGUGGGACAUGUUCACUGGAGAAGUGCUGGACUCCCUGUAUAACACAGCCCCCAUCUCCAUGCACUGCAACCAGUCGAGUGCACGCCUCUUUCCUGGAGAGUGGGACAAUCAGCCUGUACCAGUGGUGACCGCCGUGCUUGAAAAGCCUCGCUACCCCUGUGAAGGAGGAGCUGUACCCACCAGCCAACCCCUUACACCCCCAGUCUGAGGCCUGGCAGCACCUAACCUGGGGCAAGUUAAAGAAGCUCCUGUGACUUGGCAGAGUUUCAUGGUUUCAUCUAUAUGUUCGGGGACAGAUGACAUCUUGUUUUUUUGACGUCUGCUGUAAAUUAUAUGUGUGUAUAAACAUCCCACUGUCUGUGUUAUUAUUAGCAGACACAAGUUAAUAAAAAGUCAUAAUCACAUGUCAAGUGUCAAUGCAAAGAUUUGGGACAGGCACGCAACAAACAAAAAUAAGCGCAAAAAGCAAAUUGGUGCUAUGGACAAAAGUGUUGUGAAGCCUUGCUGUUGGCCAUUAACAUCUGUUGCAUUACUUGAAAAGUAAAUGAUUAUGGUUUUACAACUCCUUCAUAUUUAUUGUGUUCUGUUUUAUUCCCCACGAUUCUGUUGAUAAUGAC